GCAUAAAUGAGCUUCCAGCGCGGACUCGGUGCAGAGCUCUGGCUCCAGCCCUCACUGCAGCACCGAGGUGGUCCCCAGAGGCCCCCAGAGGCCCCCAGCAGCACCCAGCAGCACCCAGCGGCACCCAGCGGCACUCAGCGGCACCCAGCGGCACCCAGAGAGCCCGGAGCCGGAGCGAGCCCGCACAGAUCGCAAGGUAGGACCGAUCGACCCAAGACACAACCAGAUCCACCGCAGCAGACGCGUCCGGACAGCCCACCUCGUCGCCCCCUCCACCUCCCCAGAGCACCUUGUGGUCUGCAGUCCCGGCCUUCGACCAGAACCCUCGGCGCAGAUGGAGCUGGACCGCAUGACCAGCGGUGGCCUCCACGCCUACCCCGGGCCGCGGGGCGGGCCGGCCGCCAAGCCCAACGUGAUCCUGCAGAUCGGAAAGUGCCGCGCAGAGAUGCUGGAGCACGUGCGCCGGACCCACCGGCACCUGCUGACCGAGGUGUCCAAGCAGGUGGAGCGCGAGCUGAAGGGGCUGCACAGGUCGGUGGGCAAGCUGGAGAACAACCUGGACGGCUACGUGCCCACCGGCGACUCCCAGCGCUGGAAGAAGUCCAUCAAGGCCUGCCUGUGCCGCUGCCAGGAGACCAUCGCCAACCUGGAGCGCUGGGUCAAGCGUGAGAUGCACGUGUGGAGGGAGGUCUUUUACCGGCUGGAGCGCUGGGCUGACCGCCUGGAGUCCAUGGGGGGCAAGUACCCGGUGGGCAGUGAGCCCGCCCACCACACCGUCUCCGUGGGCGUGGGGGCCCCCGAGAGCUACUGCCACGAUGGGGACACCUAUGACUACACGGUCAGCCCCUAUGCCAUCACCCCACCUCCAGUUGCAGGAGAGCUGCAGAGCCAGGAGGCAGUGGAAGCGCAGCAAUACCCACCCUGGGGUCCCGGUGAGGAUGGGCAGCUGAGCCCAGGAGUGGACACUCAGAUCUUCGAGGACCCUCACGAGUUCCUCAGCCACCUGGAAGAGUACCUGAGGCAGGUGGGCGGCACCGAGGAGUACUGGCUGUCGCAGAUCCAGAACCACAUGAAUGGGCCAGCCAAGAAGUGGUGGGAGUUCAAGCAGGGCUCGGUGAAGAACUGGGUGGAGUUCAAGAAGGAGUUCCUGCAGUACAGCGAAGGCACCCUGUCCCGGGAGGCCAUCCAGCGCGAGCUGGACCUGCCACAGAAGCAGGGGGAGCCGCUGGACCAGUUCCUGUGGCGCAAGCGAGACCUGUACCAGACCCUGUACGUGGACGCUGAGGAGGAGGAGAUCAUCCAGUAUGUGGUGGGCACCCUGCAGCCCAAGCUCAAGCGCUUCCUGCGCCACCCGCUCCCCAAGACCCUGGAGCAGCUCAUCCAGCGGGGCAUGGAGGUGCAGGACGGCCUGGAGCAGGGGUCUGACUCCAACUGCCUCCGCCUCUCUGCCGAAGAAGAGAACGAGACCCUCACACCUGCCCUCACCAGCGAGUCUGUGGCCAGCGACCGGACCCAGCCCGAAUAGAGGGCUGCCUGCUCCCUGCACCCCGAUGUGGCCUUUGCCCAUCAGGACUUUCCAGCUGGGCUGACAACUGCAGGGGAGGGAGCCCUGGGCCCUGUCCAGCUUUGUCAAAGCCUGGCCUUGUCCUCUCCAACUGACUGGCACAGAUACACCUCAUCCAGAUGUGGGCUCUGCCCCCACCCCAGGCAGCAAAGUCUCCCUCACCCCUCUGCAGGUUCCCUUCCCCAAUCACCCCAGCUCUGUCUGUCUUCCCUGGUUGGGGUCUGCUGGGCUGGUGACUCCACCCUCCACACUCUCAAGACCACAAGAUGACAUCCCAGCUUCCUCAUUCUACUCCAUGUUCAGCCCUCUGGGCACUCAGAUACCAAGCACCCAGAUGUUCCAAGACAGUGGACACCAAGCUCAUGGGACAGCCCAGAGUAGAAGCUAAGGCAGAAACAGGGCCAUGAUAUCCUCACUUCCGGAUGCCACCCUCUCCUGGCAGUCGCCGCCGAGCCGGCUGGCACCCUUGCCACCGCCGCCGCUGCCAAGGCAUCUGGCCAGCCCCGGGCAGAGCAGCUUCCUCCUCCUCCUAGAGUUGAGUCGAGUCGAAGCUGCAAAUGUAGCAGCAGCAGCAGCAACCUCAAAAAAACAGACCUGGUGUCCUGGUGCCUCCUGGCCCCUCAGCCAGCAGCAGUGAUUCACACUGUCUGGAGAAGCCUCACUGAGCUCGCUCCAUGACUCACCCAGGCAGUUGGAGGGUCCCACAGGGACUGAGUCCUGCGAUCCAGCUAAGGCAGCAGCUGAUCUCUUCAGAGCCAGGAGAGUGACAACAGGUCUGAAGCCUUCCCUAGAGCCCUCGCUGCUGUGGCUCCUGCCCGUUCCUCCUGCAAGCUGCCUCCACAGGAGGAGUGAGGCCAUCAAGAAGCACCCUGGCAGAGAUGAGAGGAAGCAGACUGGUGCGAGGGCCAGGGCUGCCACUCUGCCCGCCCCACUGGCUUCCGGCCUUCCUGUCCUAGGCCUCCGGCAACUGGAGUCAAGGUGUCUCCCUCCAGCCCAGGAACACCCUCUCUUUGUCUGCCACAUGGCCACCCUCUCCUGCCAGAGCAACCCAGAGCCCUGCGACUGAGGCCACAGCCCCUGCCCCUGCCCCUGCCCAGCUCCAGGGGAUACUAGGAGCUUCUGCUCCAGGGGCUUAUGCAGGUGCUCCCCCAGCCCUGCUGUUGCCCAGGCCCAGUCCCCCAGCCCCCCAGCCCCCCCAGCACCAGAACCCCGGUGCUGGCUGGCUGCUCGUGUCUGCUACCCAAGCAGGCCCUGGCUGGAGGCUUUCUUUUCUGCCUGUCCACUGGAGUUUCCCAGAUUUCAGGACCCAAUAUAUGCAGAUGACCUUGACUACCUUUCCAUCCUGCACCCCUGCUGCCUCCCCCAAAUUUUAUUUUUGCACAUAAGCCACAAUCCAUCCCACAGAUUGGCAUGGCUGCAGGAAGGCCCCAGGGGCUUAAGAGUGUGGACCCCCUCAUUCCCUGAAGAUAAAACCUUGAAUGUCAGCCCUCUUCCCCAAAGAUAGCCUCUUUUGUAAGAUUUUACUAAUAAAAAGUGGAAAUUUC